UGAUUUUUUUGGGGAAUAUUUUCGAGAAAUCUUUAAGUUUGUAAUAGCCUAUCAAUGCUUUUUCCAAGUGAAAAGACCCUACUGAUAAGAAUUAAGAUUCCUUGACACGUUCACUUUUCAUUUCUUUGCUCAAGCAAUUUUUUGGCCUAGUGAGAUUCUAAGAGAUUGGAGAUGGCUCAUGCCGCUGUUGUUUCUCUUAUGCACACUCUUGAGCAGAUCUUCCAACAUCCAAAUCCACAUUUGAAUCCUUAUGAGCAGCAAGAAAUUGAUUGUCUUUUUAAAAAACUCAGCUUUUUACUAGAUUUUCUUGAAGAAUAUUACCAAAAUAGGGGCGAUCGUGUGAUAUCAGUGGAAAUAAAAAUCAGGGAUGUGGCUUACAGUGCAGAAGAUGUAAUUGAAUCCCGUAUAUGCAAUACUGUUCUUCCACAAUUCGGAAGUCAAGGACAGGAGAGUUCCUCACAGCACCUACUUCCUGUGCUCCCAAUAUCGGACAGCGACCCUCAUACAGACUUGCAGAAGAUAAUAAAAGAAUUUGAUUCCAUCAUAGAAGAGGUGGUGAAGAUUGCGGGCUUGCAGAAAAAAAUAACAGAAAUUGAUGCAAUAAUGGAAGGAGCGAUGAAGAUUACGGAGGGGAUCGGGCAGUCAGGGCAUUUUUUGCCAUCAAGACCUGAACAUAGUGGCCAGAGUACUACAGUAGGAUUUGAGGAAGAUUUGAAGCAGGUAAGGGAUCGACUCUGUAAUGAAUCAGCUGGACUCCAAAUCUUCCCCAUUGUUGGGAUGGGAGGCAUUGGCAAAACUACUUUAGCUAGGAAUGUUUAUGAUGAUCCAUUUGUUGCGUAUCACUUUCAUAUUCGUGCUUGGGUAACACUAUCUCCACAGUAUCAUAAGAGGAAACUUCUUCUAAGCCUUCUAGAUCACUUUGUUGUUCUUACUGGUGGGAUACGCAAAGAGAGUGAUGAGAAAUUAGCAGGUCGCCUUUACAAAAGUCUAAAGGGUAGGAGAUAUCUAAUUGUAAUUGAUGAUAUUUGGAGCACUACUGCUUGGGAUAACAUGAAAUUGUUAUUUCCAAAUGACAACAUUGGAAGCCGAAUCAUAGUGACAACCAGGCUAACAGAUGUGGCUGGUCAUGCUGGCUCAUCUAGAAAUCAUCACCAGAUGCGUUUUCUAAAUGAGGAACAAAGUUGGAAUUUAUUUCGUGGAAAGGUGUUUGGACAAGAAAUUUGCCCUCCUGAAUUGGAAGAUAUAGGAAGGACAAUUGCAAAAAAUUGUCAGGGACUUCCAUUAACUAUUGUGGUGAUUGUUGGACUCCUCUCAAAUGUCAGUAAAGCACGAGAUUAUUGGGAGUAUGUUGCUCAAAAUAUAAGCUCAAUUAUAGCAGAAAAAGAUGACCAGUGCUUGAAGAUAUUAACAUUAAGUUUCGAGCACUUGCCUACUCAUUUGAAAGCUUGUUUUCUUUAUAUGGGAGUUUUCCCUGAAAACUAUGAGAUUCUCAUUUCUAGACUCAUCAAACUAUGGGUUGCUGAGGGAUUUCUAAAACCGAAAAAACAUAAACAGUUGGAUGAGGUUGCAGAGGAAUACCUUAUGGAACUCAUAAGUAGAAAUCUUCUUUUGGUUUGUCGAAAAGGGUCUAAUGGGAAAAUUAAAUCCUGCGGCAUACACAAUCUUUUGAGAGAGUUCUGCGUGAAGACAGCUCAUAAGGAAAAUUUUUUUUGUGUCAAGAGCAGGUAUCUGCACUUUCUUCCGGAAGAGGCAACUUUCAUGUGGCGCCGCCUGAGUAUUCACGACGAUGCCUCGUAUAGUCCAAGUGAAGAGGGCAUGACUGUGCAAUCAAUGUCUCGUGUACGUUCUUUCAUAUAUACUGGUUGGGAUGAAACUCAAUUGCAUUCUUAUUAUUAUUUUGGUUGUCUAUUGCUGAGGGUAUUGGAUAUGGUUGGACUACAACUACUUAACUUAAGGUACAUUGCUAUCACCUGUCUCGGUAAAAUCCCUCCUGCUAUUACCUUGCUUAGGAAUCUACAGACUUUAAUUGUUGAAGACCCAUGUGGAAUUGCCAUUGAACUACCGGAUGAAAUUUUUAAUAUGCCGCAAUUAAGGCAUGUCAUAAUUUCUCGAGCCUCCCUGCCUCCUGUUUUCUCUAUCCCAUUCCCUGAUAGUGAUAAACAUUUCGUUCUAGAAAACCUAGAGACACUUUCGAAGGUACAAGAUUUAGGAAUGACAAAACACGUCCUUGAAAAAAUACCAAAUGUAAAGAAGUUGGGAAUUCAUUAUAAUACCACCAUAUGGCAUGUCUAUGAUGUCCACCUGAAAAAACUUGAAAUACUAAAGAUUGUCUUUGAUUUGCCCACAAAUUCAACUUUCCUGCGGAGCAUCACUUCUGUGCCAAGGCUCAAAAAGAUAACUUUGGAACGUGGUAGAAUUGGUUGGGAAGAUAUGACGAUUUUUGGUUCGUUGCCAAAUCUUGAAGUGUUGAAAUUGCGCGAGUUUGCCUUCAUAGGCCCAGUGUGGGUACCAAUUGAUGGGGAAUUUCCUAAACUAAAAUUCUUGCACAUUCGGGAGACGGAUUUGGAGCACUGGAGAGCGGACAAAAUCCAUUUUCCAAGGCUUGAGCACCUAAUCCUGCGGAACUGCUCUAAACUGGUAGAGAUCCCACCUUGUAUUGGAGAAAUAGAAACGCUUGAAAUAAUUGAGAUAGACUACUCCAGUCCUUCCGUCGUAAAAUCUGCAAAGGAUAUACUUAGUGACCGACAGAGCCAGGGAAAUGAAGGCCUUGAAAUUCUCUUCCAUCCAACGAAAGCAAGGCUUAAUCCUUUAAAAUUUGGGUUAUGGCAAGAUGACUCAGGUGUAAUUCAUCAACCAAAAAGGAAACUCGAUAUGUUAAUGCAAGAGGCCUCUCCAGCCGUUCAAAAUGUUGAGUCGUCACAGCAAGGGGCCUCACCAACUAUUCGAAGUGACGAGUCGUCACAGCAAGGGGCCUCACCAACUGUUCGAAGUGACGAGGUGUCACAGGAACAGGAAUCUCCAGGUGUUUCCGAUGACGUGUGGCAAGGUCGAUAUGGGAUUUUUGAUCUAAACCUACCUUCACCUCACGACGAUGAGAUAUAAAAGCAUUAUUUGCACCGGAUGAAAAGAAUGUCCGGUAAUUGACGUUGAGUUGGUAAAAAUAAUGUUAGUGUGGAUCCUACUGAUCAUUUGUUUGCAAGCUUGCCUUCGCCUUGCUUGCAGGCAGGCAGGCCAAAUUUCGCCUCUUUUUUGUCCUUUAUGCCAGUGGUUCGGCCAGGCUGGAGCAGGGGUCGGGGCCACACCACCUUUCACAGAUGCAGCAGCAGUUUAGGUAUUUUGAGAGCUCACCGCCAAACGGGCGAUUUGAGCAUCCGUUUAUAAAGCAGACAAACCAGCAGGUGUACUGAGUGGGGGCGCCGGGUUCAUAGUAGUAAUGGUGUAGUGGUGUCUCCAUUGUAUGUCGAGGAUUUGGAGUUGCCUUGGGAGGAAAGUCCUCACCCUGUUUCCAACUCGGAAUGAUUGAAAUUGGGGUAUAUCUUUCUCCUCAAUUUGGCUUUUAGGCAUUGUGAAAAUCUGCAUUUGGAUUAACAUUUAGUAUUUAUUUUAGUAACAUAUUCCAAUCAAUUCUGAGUUCUUAGCUGUUCUUGAUAGGUGGAGCUAUUAGCAUUACGCUUCAGGUAAUCUACUACUGCUUAAAUGCUUGUGGCAGUCAUGUAUAUCUUGAUCUCUAUAUGUUAGACAGAGUCUUCAAUUUUGGUUUCAAACAAUCCAAUUCCAUUUUUCCAUAACUGUAAACAAGUUGUAAGUAGCAUUCGUGUCCAUGCCAGCUUCUGGUGUUGAAAACAAGCAAUCGAGUUAUUGUUAAGUUGAACAGAGAAGCCCCAUUGAUUGGGUAUGGUUCCAUCUCCCAGUGGUGAGCAAACAACAGCCUUCGUGUCCAUGCCAGCUUCUGGUGUUGAAAACAAGCAAUCAAGUUAUUGUUAAGUUUGAAGAUCAACAUGGCUCCUCCUAGAAAAUUCACAUUAUUCCUUCUUUUCUACUGAAUUGAUCGUAGCCACUACCUACAAUCCAGGAAGAUGAAUGCCACAAGUAGAAACUUACAAAGAGCCCACGACUUGUGAUCUUGUAGAAAGACAUCUUACCUUCUGAGCAAGAUGAGAAUUUUUCCUUGUGCCCUUCUCAUUGAAAACAAUGCUCCAGUGUUCCACUCGCACUUUUUAAGCAUUUGGAUCAAGAUCGUAGCUCUGAUCUAUGAUAGCAUGGGAAGUUGAUUGGUUGCCUGAACUUAGUAAAUUAGUAUAUCAAAGAAGAUGGUGUGGCCUAAAGGUUUGGUUAAUUCUUGAUUAUGCAGCUUUGGGUGAAAGCUUGGCAAUUACAAUGAGAUCAUAAUGUCUUCAAGAAGUUUGAGAUGGUGAUACAGAUCCAUGGGCUACAUAAUUGCACGUUUUGUUGACAUUUUCCGGAAGGAUGCUGUUUUUAAAUGGUGAAAGCAACUUUUGAAGCCAUUGGUAUUGAAAUGCACACCAGGACUCAUCCUACGUAUGUUGUUCUGGACCACAUUUAAUUCCAACCCUUGCUUGGUGCAUUUUUUUUUAAUAAUUUUGCAGCUCAUUUUUGAAGGCUUCAAGGCUUGCUCUCUUGUAAUCAAUAUUAGGACCAAUUUUUGCAUUAGGAAAAUAAAAUAUGCUGGAAUUGUAUUUCCACUCAUUGGGUUUGUUUUUGUACUUGGAUAGCUAUUUUGUAAUUGGCAUCUUCAAUAACUUUUAGAUGUACAGUUUUAUA